AUGUCUAGCCCCGGACUGACCCCGAACCAGUUCUCCCCUGCACAGACCGACCAAUCGAAAGCCCUCGACUCGGACACCGAUCAAGAACGAGAUCGCCCUCCCGCCCCGGUCAAGUCUCCUUCAGAGUUACUCUCUGGUGUCUACCGCGGCUUCAAGAAAUUUGCUCCCAGUCGAGACGACAGCCUGCGCCGGCAACCCUCCUUGCUCGGCCUGCGAAGCACCACGCCUACUAGCUCCGCGUCCUCCCCCUCGCCCACCACGGACGCACGAUCUCCGCCCCCGCCGCCCAUUGCGCAGCAUGCGAGGAGUCUGAGCCUACAAAGCAGUCUUGCCAAGCCUCUCCCAGAACCGCCCCCAGAGCAGUCCGGAGCGGACAGUUUUCCAGCCCCAGCAGCUGCCCCCAGCAUCGCGAACAACCUUGACGCCAUACCGGAGGACCAGCCCGUCAUGGCGGACAGCCGGACAAGCACAAUGGACUCGAAUGUGUCUGUCGACCAGGCCCAGGCCUACGUUGGUGCGCAAGGCGGUUACAACACAGACAUGUCCGCCAGUCAGACAAGCUUGGCGAGUUCCUCGCGGCAGGACGCACGAGAGGAAAGGAGAGACAAUCUGACACCAAAAAGCGCCGGUCCUGCAUCCGCCGGUCUUUCGCCUUCAGUCACCCAGACCAGGGGUCCCGCCGUUGCCACCUCUGCCUCUUCCUCGUCUGCCCACCUGUCGGGCUUGAUGUGCAACGUUCACAGGACAACGGGAAAGGAACCUCAUCCAUUGGUUGGCGCGACGACUACCAUACUCGGCGACAAGCUCUACGUGUUUGGUGGAAGAAUCUUGUCUAGGAGCCGGCCUGCGCCCUUGACGGCCGACCUGUACGAACUGGAUCUCAUUCGAAGACACUGGACGAGGCUCGAGACCACAGGCGACAUCCCGCCGCCACGGUACUUUCACUCCAUGUGCCCACUCGGCGAUACGAAAAUGGUGUGCUACGGAGGCAUGUCACCGACAACGAAUCAGGCUGGCGCGGCGCAAGAUCAGCAGCCCGAGGUGACUGUCAUGUCGGAUAUUUAUAUCUACGAUGUACCCAGCCGCAAGUGGACGUACAUCCCUACGCAGGAUCCUCCCCAAGGUCGCUAUGCGCACUGCGCCUGCAUCCUGCCGUCGUCGGCGUCCUUUUCGUCUCACAAGGCCCCGCUGUCCGCACUUCAACACAACCCUCCCUCGGCGAAUCCUAAUGAGGGCAGGAUAGGGAUCAACAUCGAUGGGUCCGGCGGCGCCGAGAUGAUUAUUGUCGGCGGACAAGACGGUGCCAACCACUACAUUGAGCAGAUCAGCGUUUUCAACCUGCGAAGCUUAAAAUGGACCUCGACCCAGUCUCUUGGCAAGAGCUGCGGCGCCUACAGGAGCGUUGUCGCGCCUCUUCCGCCGUCGGUCACGUCCAAGAUAGGCAAAGCGGGUGUAAACGGCUCGCAACGCGAGGGCGGCAUCAGCCAAGAAGCUCGGGAGCCUGGCUCAUCAAUGCUCAUCUACUCCAACUACAACUUCUUGGACGUCAAGCUAGAGCUCCAGAUUCGAUCAUCCGACGGCUCCCUUUCCGAAAAGCCAAUGUCUGGCGCGUAUUCGCCGCCAGGCUUGCGCUUCCCCAAUGGCGGCGUUAUUGACACGCACUUUGUGGUCAGCGGCACGUACCUGACCUCCUCAAAGCAAGAAUAUGCGCUGUGGGCCCUCGACUUGCGAACGUUGACGUGGUCUCGAAUUGACGCAGGGGGCAGUGUGUUCAGUCAAGGUAGUUGGAACCGCGGUGUGCUAUGGAAUCGCCGGAACACCUUUGUUAUAUUGGGCAACCGAAAGCGAAGCCUUGUCGACGACUACAAUCAUCGCCGUAUCAACUUUUCCAACGUUUGCAUGGUAGAGCUCGAAGCUUUCGGUUUCUACGACAACCCGAGGAAGACGGCGCCGUUGUCCGGAUUCGUGUCGUCCAGCAGUCCCUUUACCGGUCCUGACCUCAGCUUGGCCAGAAAGGCUGGCUGCACCGCGGGUGGGCGAUUCCAUUCCAGAGCGUCCGAAGAGCUGGGUGAAAAGGCUUUGGCGCUACGAGAGCUUUCGGACAUGGAUAUUCUUUGCUUACACGGCGAGAGGAUACCUGUGAAUUCGCGGAUUGUGGCCAGGCGAUGGGGGCCCUACUUCGUUCAGUUGCUACGUGAAGGUGCCGCGACACAGGACGGCAGCGAUGCCAUGACCCUCCGAGGUGGCCUUUCUAACACUGUGAGGAACUCUGGCGUGACCAUUACGCCGUCGAGGGACCGGGUAGAAAGCAUCACAUCCAUGGGUAGCACCAUUGCCUCAUCAUUCGGCUCCUCUGGCAAGCAGCCAAGCACAGCGCCGUCGAGCAUCGCCGGAAGCGCCUUUUUACCACAAACCGGCCUCGACACCAACAAUCCCAACGCAGCCCCCACGCCCAUCAGUCUGCCACCGAGGUCACGCCCAAGGUGCCUCUACCUUCCCCACACCUACCUAACCGUCCAGGCACUGCUCCACUUUUUGUACACCUCGUCGUUGCCUGCCCCGUCCUCGCCGCUGUGCACGCCCCCGAUACUGUGCUCGCUGCUGCAGAUUGCUCGGCCCUACCGCAUAGACGGGCUGCUGGAAGCCGUGGUUGAACGUCUCCACGUGCUUCUAGAUUCCCGGAACGCCGCGGCCGUCUUCAAUGCCACGGCCAUGGCGGCCGGUGGCGGCCGCGGCAUCGAUGGGUCGCUGAACCCCAACUUCUUCGUGCCGCCCGUUGACCCCAUUGCCUCGCUCGAGUCGGCACCCGCGUCGGAGGCCUCUCGCGACAGCGACGGCAACAGCGAGGCGCGUGCCCUUCGCCUCAACACGACGGUACAGCAACAGUCCAGCCGACCCGGCAGCGGCGAGCUCAGCGCGACAACGAGCCAGAGCGGCUCGGAAUGGAGCUCGGAGAUUGGCGAGUCAGAAGGCGGGGGCGUCAGGGAGAUCUGGAGCGGCGAGCUCAGCUCGGUCAUUGGGCUGCAGAAGCGCGGUCUCCGGGGGCUGAUGGAGGGGAGGCGGAUGCGUGAGAGGACCGGCACCGGCACGGGCAGCGUCAGCCAGUACGGGCCGCAGUCGCGGGUGGGGCUAGGCAUUGCCAGCUCGUAG